AUGAUUGGAAAUGAAAUUAGAAACUCUGUUUUAAAAAGAAAAAGAAUGAGUGCUUUUUUCGAACCAAUUGCUCAUCAAGAAUCAUCACCACCCCCACCACCACCACCAAUAGAAUUUACACAAUCAGUUGCAGAGAUUGAAACUAUAGUUAAUGAUACUUUAAAAUCAAAUAAAGUAAAUCAAACAACACUCAUAUCCAAUAAUAAUAAUACAUUAGAAUCAAUGAUAACUGAAGAACCAAACUAUGAUGACAUUAUAAAUCUAUUCAAUAGUAAUACAAGUACAUUUAAAAGAGAUCUACCAAUUAGGUAUAGUUUUGGAAAUGAUUUAACAUCAAUUCUAUUUCUAUCAUUAAUAUCAAUAUUCAUAAUAAUAAUAUCAAUAUCAUUAUUAAAUUUUAUCAAAUCCUCAUUAUUAAUGAGAGAAUAUUGUGAAUUUAAAUUAAAGAUAAAAAAGUAUUUUAUAAAAUAUAUUGAAAGAAUAUUCUUUUGUUUUGGUAUACUAGUAAUGCUAUGGUAUUCACUAGAAAGUAGUGGAUUAAUUAAUUAUUUAAGUUGGAUUUUUGAUGAAAAUUUAUUAAUUACUUCUAUAAAUAUUAAUAAAUGUAUUAAUAAUAAUAACAAUAAUAUUUUUUACAAAAGUAAAUCAAUACUUAGACUACCAUUACAAAUGAAUGAUAAUAAAUUCCUAAGUACAUCAAUUCAAAUCAUAAUAACAUUCUUAAUUUAUUAUUCUUUCAAUUAUAUUUACUUUUUAUUUCAAUCAAUAAUAUUAAAUAAAUUAGAAAAUAAUAAUAAUAAUAAUAAUAAUAAUAAACAAAAUAACAUUUCAUAUUCAACCAUAUCAUAUAUUUUAAAAAAAUACACAUUAUCAUUCAAUAAUAUAAAAACUACUGAUAUAAUAAAUAAUAAUAAUAAUAAUAAUAAUAAUAAUAAUAAUAAUAAUAAUAAUAAUAAUAAUAAUAAUAAUAAUAAUAUAAAGAAAUAUAUAUUAAAAUUUCAAAAUGAUUAUAUUGAAACAGUGAUUGAAAGGAUGUUAGAAAUACCAUGGAUAACAAUAUUGGUAUUUUUAUUGAUUUCAUGGUUAUCAAUUAGAUUAUAUUUAGAUCAUAUUGAAAUUCAUCAAUUGACAGGUAUAUGGAGUAUAGAUAAAGUUUUAUACACUAUAACCUAUGUCACUUUUACUUUAUUAUUAUCCUCUUCUAUAUUAUUGAUCUUUUCAAUCUCAUUUUUAAAUUAUAAUAAUAAAAUUCUAACCAAUACAAAUAAUAAACAUCAACAACAAACACAAAUAAAUCAACCCCAAUCACAACCUCAAUCAAAAUCAAAAUCAAAACAACUAUCUUCUUCAUCAUCAAAUAAUCAAAAUAAUAAUAAUAAUAAUAGUCAAAAAUCACAAACUGCUAAUAAAAAGAAGAAACAAGUAACUUUUUCACAGCAGCAGCGACAACAACAAAUAAAAUUAUCAAAAUUAAAAAACUCAACAAAAUUGAAUGAAGAGGAAGUAGAAAAAGAAGGAGAAGAAGAUACAAUAACAACAACAACAAUUAAUAAUAUUCAAUCAACAUCGAAAUUUGUGAAAACUGAAAAGAAACGAAAUAGUAAAUUAAAACAAACUAUUGAGUUUGAUAUUUUAGGUUUAAUUUAUAUAUUAAAGGUUAUAACUAUUAUUUGUGCAAUGUUAUGUUUAGUUUUAUUCAAUCUAUCAUUUAUGAUGAAUACUAAUAAUAAUAAUAAUAAUAAUAAUAAUAAUAAAAUCUUUGGAAAUCAAGGAAAUUAUGAUACUGACUUACCAGAUGUAAAUGAUAAUAUUCAAGAUAUCAAUACCAUAUUUCCUGCAAAUGUAACAAAUUUUUAUGAUGUAAAUAUUAAAAAAUCACAACAGCAACAACAAAAUAAUACUCAAAUCAAUUCAAAUACAACUGGAAUUUUAAAUAUAGAAGAAAACAAUAAUAGUAGUAGUAGUAGUAAUAACCAUUUCGAAUUUAAUUAUAAUCAAACAUUAGAAAACAAUAAUAACAAUAAUAAUAAUAAUAAUAAUAAUAAUUUUAAUGUAAAAUUUAAUAUUAAACUAAUUAUUGAAGAAAUUGAAAUCAUUUUAUUGAAAUAUUUAAAUGAUAGGAAUCAACUCAUAUUCCUUGUUAAUAUUUUGAUGAUAAUAGUUAUAAUUUUUAUAUUAAAUCCAAUAAUUAUUAGUAUUUUACCAUUAAUCAAUCACAUCUCAACAAUUAACAAUAUUUGUGAUAACUAUUGUUGUAUUAUGGAUGAUGAAUCUUUAAUUGGUGAUAUUCAAAUUACUGAUGAAAACACCUGUGAAAAUGAAGAAAAUGAAGAUGGUGCUACAACUUCAUCAUUUAACAACACUGUUUCACCAAUAAAAAUAGACUAA